AUGGAGCUGCCUGGCGGUGAAUUAUGCAGCGGUGUGCUUCCCAACCAUAUCGGCGGAGUGUGGGGCCGUAUUAAUGAUUUCAAAAGCUUAUUGAAAUAUGAUUUACCACGCUUGCAAUUUCAAUUGGCUUUUAUUUAUAUUCUUACCGAGUCAUUUCAUAAAUUGUUCAGGCUUGUGCAUCUCCCCCGCAUUGCUGCUGAAAUCAUGGCUGGUAUAUUACUAGGACCUACUGUCUUGGGGAACAUUAACAAAAGCCUUGAGAAUAGUAUCUUUCCGCCAGAGGGAGAAGUUUUUCUUGCAACUUUAUCAAGGCUUGGAUACAUUUUCUUCAUGUUCCUGAUUGGAGUUAAAAUGGAACCUAGUUUGGUAAAGACAUCAGGAAGAAGGGCAUGGGUUAUGGCAGUUAUAACAGUUGUACUCCCCUUGGCACUUGCUUUGAUUGUGUCUGGAUACCUAGACACGAUAUUACCUCUUUACAGAAGACCAACUGUUAGAACUGUUAUUCAAGUCCAGACAAUGUCCCCAUUUCCCGUUGUCGCUCUUUUGCUUAUGGACUUAGAAAUUGUCAACACAGAGCUAGGUCGUCUUGCUUUGACAUCUGCCUUGAUCAGUGACUUAUCAUCUACAACACUCUCGACAUUUACAUCUUUUACCAGACUCGGGUUCAUCAGUUCCACAGCUCAGUCUAAAUUCUCAUUUUUUAUGAUGAUGCAGGCCCUUAGUUUUACUGCUAUCCUCUUUGUAAGCAUAGUGUUUGUGGUUAGGCCAUUUUUGUUCAAAUGGAUCAUAAAAAGCACUCCAGAAGGAAAACCUGUGAAGGGCUUUUAUAUAACUAUGAUUGCUGCACUUGUUCUCUUGUCAGCAACCUUAAGUGAUAGUAUUGGACUUCCUUACCAUUUUGGUCCAUUCAUACUUGGGUUAUGUGUGCCGGUUGGUCCACCUCUGGGGUCUACCCUAGUGGAAAAACUGGACAGUGUAACGUCUGGGUUGUUGGCGCCUAUAAUGGCAACUUACUGUGGCCUAAUAAUUGAUCUCACACAGUAUGCUGAUCUCCGAUUUCAGGGCCUAAUAUUUAAUAUCUGCUUCGGUAGUGCUUUUGUGAAAUCUUUGGUAACUGUUAUUGCGGCCCUGGUGACACAAGUGCCUAUUAAGGACGCUUUUGCUCUCUCGGUUAUCUUGAACGCGCAAGGCAUUGUUCAAAUGGCUUCCUAUCUCAAUAAUAAUCUUAAUAUGACAAUAGAUAGAGAGACCCUCGCAUCAACAACUGUCUCAGUACUUGUGACCUCAAUAAUCAUAACAAUAGUCAUUAGAUUCUUGCACGAUUUCUCAAAAACGUAUACAGGAUAUCAGAAAAGAAACCUGAUGCACUCAACGUUAAAUUCUGAGCUCCGCAUAUUAGCAUGUGUGCAUAGGCAUGAUGAGGCAUUAGCUGCCAUAAAGCUUUUAGAAGUUUCCAAUCCAACUAGGGAGAGUCCGAUUGCAGCCUAUGCCCUUAACUUGGUUGAGCUUCUCGGACGGGCCUCGCCCCUCAUAAUCAAUCAUUCGUUAGGUCAAAAGGGUUCUUCAAGUAGUUCUAGAACUCAGCCGAUGAUAGAUACAUUUACAUAUUUUGAAACUCAGAAUAGAGGUUUGGUAAGUGUUCAAGUUUUUACUGCAUUUUCACUACCCAAGUACAUGCAUGAAGACAUAUGUUCACUUGCAUUUGACAAGAUGGUAUCCCUUAUAAUACUUCCGUUUCAUAGAAAAUGGAAUUAUCAAGGCCAGAUGAUUCUUGACAGCAGUAUGUUCAGAUCAAUAAACCGUUUUGUUCUGGAAAUGGCCCCAUGUUCUGUAGGCAUUCUUGUUGAUCGUCGUAAAUUACGCCACACAUCACCUGUUGAUUCAGCAUUUUAUCGUGUUUCUGUUAUAUUCCUGGGAGGUGAUGACGAUCGUGAGGCCUUGGCUUAUAUCAAGCGUAUGGCCUACUCAUCUGCAGUUCAGGUCACAGUUGUACAGCUUCUUUCGAUCGAUGAUAAACAGAGUGAGAAUAAGUGGGAAACAAUACUCGACUCUGAGAGUUUGAGGGAUAUAAAACAUCUAAUUUCAACCCGGGACAACAUAGUGUUGCAGCAGGAAACAGUGAAUGAUGGGUCAGACACAACUUCCUUAAUCCAAGAAAUGCAGGAUAGUUUUGAUCUUAUUAUAGUAGGGCGGCGACAUAAGGAUUUCCGAGCAUUACAAGGCCUAGCACAAUGGAGUGAAUUGCCAGAGCUUGGUGUCUUGGGAGACUUGCUCAGUUCUCCAGAUAUUAGUAAGCCUGUUUCAGUUUUGGUGGUGCAACAACAACUUGUACAACUUCAUUGA